CUUCCUGAGGCACCGGCGGCUGAGUCAGUUGCUCCGAGCGAAAGCGAGAAAUCUUCUUGGGGUUUAAGUAACCGCGGUUUAUUUAUUCUUUCGGACAUGAGUGUUAUGGCGACCGAUAGUAAAUCUGUCAUUUAUCGGGACAGAUAAUGAGGGUGUUCAAUUAAUAACGUAGACUAUCUUGAAUGAUUGUUUGAUCGUUUAUUGACAUGUUCCGUUAAUAAAGAGCUCUGAGAUUGAAACCACUUGUUAUUUCGACUGACUUCGCUGUAUAGUCAAACGUUAUCUGUUUAUCGUUGUUUAACUAUCUGCAGCAGCGUGACCGUGUAGAUAACAUGGGAUAACAGUAGUAAUCGCUUUAAUCGGGUUUAGACUUCACCGUCCCAAUUGUUUUAAUGUUGACGUGAAUGAGAGCAGUCAAGGAAACAUGGAGGAGGUACACAUUUGCGAUCGAUCCAUCAUUCCGCAAUGCCCUGAUCAAACAGAUGUUCCACACACAGAUGGUCCGUCCCAAAACCACACAGACUUGCUUACAGAAGAUGACCAUUGUGUAAAUGAAGAUCACAGGAUGCCUUCACAUCCAGAGGGGAUCUUGGAGUCAUCAGAUCCUACAUCAGAAGAGAACCCUCGACCACAAGACCAUCUACCAGAUCUUCAGAAGCUACACAUUCAGAGUUCAGAGACUGAUUCUGGGAAAGCGUCCCUGGACUCUGCCCUGGACAACGGUCAUGAUGACUCGGGCGAGUUUGUGGUUACUAUGUUAGCCCGGAGUAAGAUAGAAGAGCAGGGCAUGGGUACAAAAGGUGCCUCAUCCCCUCUGUCUGAGACCGGGACACCCUUGGGUCCUCCUUCGCAUAGGAAUGAGGAUGUGACGGCGGAUAGUUGGAGGCAGCACAGGAAGCAUGUGUUUGUGCUGAGUGAGGCUGGGAAGCCCAUCUACUCUCGGUAUGGCAGCGAGGAGGCCCUGUCCUCCACCAUGGGGGUGAUGAUGGCUCUCGUGUCCUUUGUUCAGAGUGGAGACAAUACGAUUCGCUCCGUCUACUCCGAUGAGCACACUGUUGUGUUCACGCAGAGAGGUCCUCUGGUCCUGGUGUCUGUCUCCAGCACCCGACAGUCAGAGCAACAGCUCCGUCAAGAGCUCCUCUACGUCUACAACCAAAUCGUCAGCAUGCUCACGCAGGCCAGCAUCACCCGCAUCUUCGAGCACAAGAAGAACUACGACCUGCGCCGCUUGCUUGCAGGCUCAGAGAAGAUUCUCGAUGGCCUCCUGAACCUGGUGGACUCGGACCCCAGCAUCUUGCUCUCCGCGGUGCACUGUCUGCCGCUGGCCUCGUCUCUCAGGGAUUCCCUCAGCCAAAUCCUUCAAAAGUCCAUCACGCCCAAUCUGGUCUUCUCUAUCCUCAUAGCUAAGAACCAGCUACUGACCAUAGUGCAAGAAAAGACGGUCAUUGAAGAUGCCAGGCUUGAACCUUCAGACCUCCACCUUUUGCUUAACCUCAUCGGGGCUUCGUCUGCUUUUCAGGCUGGAGAGAUCUGGACGCCCAUUUGCCUGCCCAGCUUUAACCCUGACUGUUAUUUUUAUGCCUAUAUUUCCUAUCUGGAUCCUCCAGAAUGUACUGUGUGUCUUGUAUUACUCUCAACCGAUAAAGAGGCGUUCUAUUCGGUGGCCGAGUGCAAGAGGAAGAUCGAGGAGGCUAUGCAAACUCAGAAUGCGUUGAACUCAAUAGCUAAAGCUCAUCUGUACAGCGUCAGUCAGGUGGGAGUGUCGGAUCUUAGGCAUUUCAUGUAUAAACCCUUUGAUGUGCCCGACAAUCAUCGCCAGCUAACACAAUUUACCAGCCCGGAAAUGGAGGCGCCUUACAGCAGCGAGGAGGAGAGGAUGAGACUUCUGGACCUCUACAGAGACAUGCACAGCCGCAUCCAUAGGACCUCACGUCCCCUUAAGCUGAUCUACCACGUAGCUGAACGGGAGACUCUUCUGGCUUGGGUCACGAGCAAAUUUGAGUUGUACACAUGCUUCAGCCCCCUUGUCACGAAAACCUGUGCCAUCAACGCCAUCACCAAACUGCUGCGCUGGAUCAAGAAGGAGGAAGAUCGUCUAUUUAUUCGUUACCCUCCAAAAUACUCCACCACCCCUAACCCUAGUAAAAGCUCUAAAAGCGAUGCCCACUGAUGUGCUGUGAACUAAUCAUCAGUUUGUGGAGGACGCGCAUCCCUGGAUCUACACUUAUCAACUCUCCAAAACUCACUUCUAGAAGUUAACCAAAUAAUCCUACAAUGGAUUAUUAGUUUGAUGCAUUUAAUCAAAUAUUUUGGGGGGUUUUGACUUUGACAAACAUAUCCUCGAUGAAUUGAAUGCGUUUUUAUAAAUUAUGAAAAAAGUAACAUUUUGAAAAGGCGAUAAGGUGAUUUUGUUUCCUUUACUGAUAAUUUCACAGUGAUGUUUAAGCAUUGUUACAAGAAUCCAAUAAAAUAUGGAAUCUUCAGUCUAAAAUCAUAUGUGGCUAUCCUACUUUACAAGGAAAUUCAAAUCUCGUUUUUAGGAAUUUAAUAAUGUCAGGAUAUGUUUGUUACGCUAUAAAAUGUAAUAUUUCUCAAAUUUUGUCUCCCACGUAUGAAGUAAAGAGGCUAGCGGUUUAUCAUGUUCUUAACAUGUGCAGUAGUUUAUCUGUUCAGUUGUUCAUUUGUACUUUGUCAGAAGUUUAACAAGGACUUUUCUCUCUAUGGUUUUGUAUCUGAAACCAAAAAAAUCUCUUUUACUAUAGAAUUAUUGCAUUCAUCUCAAUUCUCAUAAGGUUUGUACAUAACACAUCUUGUCUGUUUUUGCAUUGUUAGAAAUAUCCUAGUGCACUAUGAAAUUAUAUAAGGUCCAUCAUAAUAUUUGGACAAGAAUAACAAUAAUGUGCAAUGUUCACUCCGAUUUGGAGAAUUUGUUGUUUUUUUCCUGGAAAAAUUAUUUGUUCAAACCAUUUUAAUUGAAGAGGAGUAAUAUAUUGGUGCUGUAA